ACACACACACGCACACACAGGGAAGAACAUAUGUUUGCCAAAGUACAGCCCUCUCUAAUUCUAUUACACUCAAAAGUCAAGUACCCAAAAUAUGUUUGCCAUUCCUUGUUGGGUCGUGACCACAGCCCAUAGCGUAUCUUCUGCAGCGCAGCACUGUUCACCAUCUGCUUGGCACUACCAGGCUCUCUGCCCACAAUCAGUAGGCAAGGUGGUUGAAGUGUCUUGCCCAAGGACACAACUGCUGAGAUGACCGGAGUGAGCUUUGAACCACCAGAAGAAACGUACGCCAUGGAUGAUGAUGACUAUAAUUAUCAGCUCUUCCUGCUUAUGAAUGAAACGAAUGACACAACUGACCCAAGCUACGUGGUCAGUAAAACUGUCCAGCUGUGUGCAAAAAAGACUGUUAAUCAGUUUGGUGCAAAAUUGAUCCCAGUGUUCUACUUUGUCAACUUCCUCCUGAGUUACCUCGGAAACGGGCUGGUCCUCCUCAUCAUCUACAAGUAUGAGAAGCUCACCACAGUGGCAAACAUCUUUCUGAUGAAUUUGGUGUUUUCUAAUAUCCUUUUUGCCUCCAGCUUGCCUUUCUGGGCUACCUACCAUUUGUCUGAAUGGAUAUUUGGACAAGCUCUAUGUAAAAUUGUCAGCAGUGCCUACUUUAUAGGUUUCUACAGCUCUAUCCUCUUCCUCACACUAAUGACAUUUGACCGAUACCUCGCCGUGGUGCAUGCGCUUGCAGCUGCCAAGAGCAGGAAAAGAACGUAUGCUAUAAUUUCUUCUAUUGGAGUUUGGUGUAUCAGUAUUGCAGCGAGUGUUAAAGAGUUGGUUCUUCGAAAUGUGUGGAAGAACCGAUUAGAUGGAUUAAUGUGUGAGGAGUCUGGGUUAUCAGCAAGCAGUAUGGAGCACUGGCGUUUGUAUAGUUACUAUCAACAAUUCCUGAUUUUCUUCCUCUUACCUUUAAUAAUUGUCAUGUACUGCUAUACUAGAAUCACAGUGCGCAUUCUCUCCACCCGCAUUAGGGAGAAGUGUCGUGCCAUAAAGCUAAUUUUUGUAAUAAUCUUCACCUUUUUCUCCUGCUGGACGCCCUACAAUAUUGUAAGCCUUCUUCGAGCAAUUCAGAUUUCAGCUUCCCAAACUGAAAUGGAUGAAGAAAUGUGUUCUGACUCACAAAACCUAGAUUAUGCAUUUUACGUGACCCGGAACAUUGCAUACUUAUACUGUUGUAUUAGUCCUAUGUUUUACACAUUUCUAGGGAAAAAGUUCCAGAGUCACUUCAGUAAACUGGUGGCAAAGAACAUUCCCUGUCUGUCCAGACACAUUAGCCUCAACAGCCAGAGCACUAGAAGCACAUCACAGAGAGCGCCUCACUCUGUUUAUGACUACUGAACAAACAUAAAGAUCUUGGUCUCUGAAAUAGAGUAUUGAUAAACAUUGUCAUAAUUUUCUUGAUAUGUGUAAAUAUGUAAUCUGAGUUGGUAGAAGUAAUAUUCUUAGUUUAACAAUAAUGCCUGUAGCAUUUGGCCAUCAUCAGAUGUGAAACUAUUAGCUGCCCUUUUUCUCCAUGACCAUCCAAUCUGUCAACUUUUAAAUUCUAUCUUGUGGGUAAACAGAAAUUGUGUUUGAAAUACAGAAAGUUUAAUUAUAGCUGAUUUCAAAGAAAUAUUGUAUCACACUUUUAAAUGAAUACACUGUUCUUGAAUGAUUUUAAACAUAUUCUUAUAAUGAUUUUUUUAUUAUAUUGACAUGCAAUCAUAAAUCUCAUGUGUAAGUUGUGUUCAAAGUGUUUUUAUGAUUGUGAGAACCUUAGAGGAUUUUCCAGAGAUUUUGUGGGGAAAUAUUUCCAUUCUGGAUAAAUUUAGCUGAGGAUUUUUUUUACCCAUCGUUGGGUGAGUGAGGGGUUUAAAAUCCAUUACCAACGCAUCACACUGGAUGUCUCCUCAGACACUUACCAUCUCCCAUAUCUCCAGUCCAUUGGAGCUGCAGCUAUAAAUGUGACAGGACAUUCCCAGAAGUAAAGAAGACUUUAAAGCCAGACAUCUGAACAACACCUUGGAAGAUGAAAUAACAGAAAAAAGAACAACUAGAACAACUGAGAUGUGUAAAAGUUUAUUCUCCUCAAGACAGUUAUAGCGCUGAAAUUCUGUUGCUGUGUUGUCAUCAACGUCACCUGUUCAUGUAUUAACUGCAUUUGAAACACAGAUACAAAUUACAUUCGAAAGCUUCUGCAUUUAGCUUCCUUCAUGUAAACCUAAUGAUAAAAGAUUCUGUAUCUUC